UACGUUCACGAUUUCGAGUUGAUGCUAUGGAGUUGAAGGUAUCCAUUUUUGUAGGGGAUGAGUUGAUCGAAAUUUAGGGAGACAAAACAGUUGAGACGCUUUGAUAAAUUUUUGAUCUUUAGGAAUCUUGUUUUCAGAUCAGGACUGAAACAAGAAAGGCUAAUGACGGUCAUCUCUUCCGCCGGAAUAACCGCCACAAAACCCAUUAUAAUUACUCCAUUCCCUGAUAAUCCUAAGCAUCUGAUUCUUGAACAGUGCAAGACUGUAAAAGACUUGAACCAAAUUCAUGCCCAUCUCAUCAAAACCCGCUUCAUCAGCAGCCCCUCGGUGGCGGAGAACUUUCUCGAAGCCGCUGCUAUCAUUCUACAUCAUCAACCCAUGGACUACGCCCUGUCGGUUUUCGAAAAAUCAAACGAACCCAAUUCCUCUGCCUACAAUAUCAUGAUAAGGGGACUCAUUUUGAAGAAUUUUCCUCACGAAGCUGUUCUUAUGUUCAAGAAAAUGAAUGAAAACUCGGUGCAGCCUGACGAGUUUACGUUUUCUUGUGUUUUGAAAGCUUGUUCAAGAUUACGAGCUUUGGAGGAGGGGAAACAGAUACAUGGUCAGUUCAUGAAACUGGGAUAUGGAUCUUGUGGAUUUGUUGAGAAUAGUUUGAUAAGCAUGUAUGCAAACUGUGGGGAAGUUGGCGUUGCUCGCAUGGUGUUUGAUGGAAUGCCUGAAAGAGACGUUUUUGCAUGGAAUGCUUUGUUUUCUGGUUAUACGAAGAGUGGGUGCUGGAAAGAGGCUGUUGGUUUGUUUCAUUACAUGUUGGAAAUGGAUGCCAAAUUUGAUGAGGUUACAUUGAUUAGUGUUUUAACGGCAUGUGGGAGAGUUGGUGCUUUGGAGUUGGGGGAAUGGAUUAAAGAGUACAUAGAAGCAAAUAGACUCAAAGGGAAUGCCACUUUGGUCACUGCUCUUAUUGAUAUGUAUGCAAAAUGUGGGCAGGUAGAUACAGCUAGGAGUUUAUUUGAUCAGAUGUCAAGAAGGGAUGUGGUUGCUUGGAGUGCAAUGAUAUCUGGUUACAAUCAAGCAAGUAGAUGCAAAGAAGCACUUUCUCUAUUCCAUGAUAUGCAAAAGGCCAAUGUGGAACCCAAUGAGGUCACUAUGGUCAGUGUGCUUUCUUCAUGUGCUGAACUUGGAGCUCUAGCAACUGGUAAAUGGGUGCAUUUCUAUAUAAAGAAGAAGAAAUUGACACUUACAGUGACACUUGGAACUGCUUUAUUAGUUUUUUAUGCAAAAUGUGGCUCCAUAGAGAAUUUAAUCGAAGUCUUUGAACAGAUGCCUAGGAAAAAUGUAUUGUCAUGGACCGUGCUCAUUCAAGGUCUUGCAAACAACGGGCAAGGGAAUAGGGCUCUCAAGUACUUCGAUCUAAUGCUGGCAGAACGCAUAGAACCAAAUGAUGUCACUUUCAUCGGCGUUCUUUGUGCUUGCAGUCAUGCGGGUCUGGUUGACAAAGGUCGUGGUUUGUUUGUGAGUAUGAAUAGAGAUUUUGAGAUAGAACCGAGAAUUGAACAUUAUGGUUGCAUGGUUGACAUUCUUGGGCGAGCUGGAUUGUUAGAUGAGGCAUACCAAUUUAUACAGAACAUGCCUAUGAAACCAAAUGCAGUUAUUUGGAGGACUUUGUUGGCAUCAUGCAAGGUUCAUAAAAGUGUUAGAAUAGGGGAAGAGUCACUAAAGCAGAUAAUGAGUCUGGAACCUGUUCAUAGUGGGGACUAUUUACUUCUAUCUAGUAUAUAUGCAUCAGUUGGUAGGUCUGAAGAUGCACUUAGGGUCAUGGGCGAGAUGAAAAAAAACGGAAUUAAAAAGAGUCCUGGUUGUAGCUCAAUCGAGGUGGAUGGACUCAUCCAUGAGUUAUUUGCUGAAGAAACCGCACAUCCCGAGUCUGAGAAAAUUUAUGCAGCAACUGAAAAGAUGAUGAAGCAGAUAAAGUUGGCUGGCUAUGUACCGAACACAGCAGAGGCAAGACUGGAGGCAGACGAAUAUGACAAAGAAGCCUCACUGUCUCAUCACAGUGAGAAGUUGGCAAUUGCUUUUGCGCUUAUUAAGACUUUUCCUGGUACCCCUAUUAGGAUAUCGAAGAAUCUUAGGGUGUGUACAGACUGCCAUGAAGCAAUAAAAAUUAUUUCGAAGGUUUAUGAUCGAGAGAUCAUUGUUAGGGAUCGGACUCGCUUCCACCAUUUCAAGGACGGUUCAUGUUCAUGCAAUGAUUACUGGUGAACUUGUGACCCCUUCAUUUCACCUUUUUAAGCCUUGUUAUGGAGCUUUACUUGCGCAAAUUCGCAAUCAAUUAAAACAAAGAUCAUCUUUGUUGUAUGGUUCUGCUCUGAUUAUGGCUAUGUUUGGCAACCAUAACCUAGUUUUUUUUUUGUUUAUUGAAAAA